UUGGGCGUGGUGGGACGGGUGGACGGCGCGGAGGUGCGCGUCGGGAGGCGCCCGCUGUUCGACGAGAUCGCCGCUGAGAUCGAGGAGGCGCUGGUCCGAGCAGAGGCCGCUGGGCAUACCGCGGUGCUGAUCGGUCCGGGAGCGGCCGCGGAGGCCGUGGUGGCGUUGGCCGACACGGUUAAGCCCACGUCGCUUCAAGCGGUGCAGGAGCUGCGAGCCAUGGGCCUUGAGGUGUCGCUGCUGACCGGGGACAACCGCCGGACCGCUCGCUCGGUCGGCGAUGCGAUCGGGGAGGCCGGCAAGCGUGUCGCCGUGGUGGGCGACGGCGUCAACGACGCACCGGCGCUGGCCCAGGCCGACCUCGCCAUAGCGGUGGGUACCGGCGCCGACGUGGCCAUCGAGGCUUCCGACCUGACCAUUGUCGGCGGCGACCUGAGAGCGGUGCCCGACGCCAUAGCGCUGUCGCGCCGCACGCUGUCCACCAUCAAGGCCAACCUGUUCUGGGCCUUCGCCUACAACGUGGCCGCCAUCCCGCUGGCCGCCACCGGAGUGCUCAACCCCAUGGCCGCCGCGGCCGCGAUGGCGCGUCGUCGCUGUUCGUGGUGA